AUGGCUUUGCUCACGGGCCCGGGGCAGCAGCUGACCUUUUGCCGUGGGGUUGUUGCGGUAACUGGAGAAGCCAUUCAGCAGGCCUGUGGGGGAGAUGCGGUCUACAGAGACUAUGGCCUCGAUGAUGUCGCAGCAGCGUGGGUGCAGCAACGUCAAAAAAGGGAUGGUCAAGACAAUCACAUGACGUUUCUGAGCAAAGUUGAUAUUCAACUCCUGGCUGGCCAAGUCCAUGACGGCACACAGGCUUGGAGUGAGAAUGAUAUCCAGACUCCGAGUGCCACAGACAUGGCUGACAUUGCAAGAGCUGCUGCUUUGCUCCUAGCCAAAAUCAGUUCCACGUGGGACUGGGUCGAUGUGGGAACUGGCACUUGCAAGGAUGCUUCCGGAGAAUCUGCUUUUCGUGUUGUGCUGUGGCCGGCUGCUGCGGCCAUGCGUGAGAAGCUUGCUCUCCCACCCAAGGAUUUCCACAUCACUUUGGGAUUUCAGGGCUGCGAUGUGCACUCCAAGAGCAAAGGGGUAGGCACUUUGAGCGCUGCUCCCGAUGCAACUUCUUUAGCUCGACUACUUCAACUAGCAUCUCCGUUGGCCACUGGACCCGAAAUUGGGCCCUUCUCUGAGAGCAUUGAGCUGCUUCUGGAGACUGCUUUGAUGGGAGCGCGCCAUCAUUCAGACACCGCCGCGCAUGUUGAGGCCUUGCAGACCUUGUGCCUUUACCACGGGCGACUGAAGCAGCCGAGCAAGGUCUUGGUGCUUGCCGAUGAGUUGUUGCAGCUGCGAUCGGACCCCAGGGGCCGCUGCAGUCGUGCGUUUGCUUUGGUGAUGCUGAGUCGCCUUUCGGAGGCAUUGGAAGCGCUGGAAGCAGCAAAGGCUCAAGUGGAGGAGCUUCCAGGUGAAGAACGUGAAGUGGAAGAGACGCGAAUCGCUCAAGCCAUCGCACACUGCAAGAAAAAACUGGGCCUACCCAGUGCACCCGGAUAUUCAGAAGCUUCAACCAUGGUGGUCAAAGACAACUACCCGAAGACACCCCACUUGCCAUUUUCGCCAGGUGUCAAUGAGGAUGACACGUGCAUCUCCGAUUGCGCGCAUCUUUUGGCUGGAGAAGUCGUAGUAACCGAGAAACUGGACGGUGGCAAUUGCUGCUUGAAAGAUGGUCAAGUUUUUGGCCGCACACAUGCGCAACCAGCUACACACGAGUCCUUCUCUGCUGUUAAGGAGCUUGCAGCAAAUUUUGGAGGUCAAUUGCAUGACCUGCAGCUUUUUGGGGAGAACAUGCAGGGAGUGCACAGCAUUGAAUAUGGAAACUUGCAAAGUUUCUUCUACGUUUUCGCGGCUCGACGAGGAACAACCUGGCUGAGCUGGGACGACACAGUGGCGCUGGCAGAACAGUUGGAUCUCCCGACAGUGCCCCUCGUAUUCCGUGGCCAUUUCUCCUCCUCAGCUCAGCUACAAAAAUGCCUGGAGAAGUGGAAGAACGAAGCUUCAGCAGUUGGGGCGGAUGUUAGUCCUGAAGGCUUUGUGGUGCGACGUUCAUCGUCCAUUUCGGGUGGAGCCUUCCAAGAUGAAAUUGCCAAAUUUGUUCGAGCGAAUCACAUCCAGACGGAUGAAGCCUGGAAGCGAAGGUGGAAAAAGGCUUUGAUUGGACCACUGUUGGAUCCGAGACCUUGGCGAACCCUCGAGGUGGAUUAA